AUGUCACCAUCCGCAUCCUUGCACCGGCCGCCGCACAAGCUCGGUGACGUCGUGGAGGUACGCUGUGAAGAUGACGGAAUGUGGUAUGAAGCUGUGGUGGAACAUGAGACUGCAGACGGACGCUUCAUGGUGCGCUUCGACAAAGAUGGCUACGAGUAUCAUUAUCCACUGACUGCCUGGAGGGUACCCAAGGUUCGACAUUCGAUCGUGGACCUCAAGGAGGGUGAAGUACUGAAGGGACGUGUAACUGACGUGACAUCCAUGGGCUGCUAUGUCGAUAUCGGCGCAGACGAAGAAGGCUUCGUGCACAUCUCACAGAUCAGGGAUGGUGUCGACAGAGCCUCCGACGAGGUUCGCAGCGGACAGGAUGUUACCGUGCGGGUAUUGUCUUCCAGCAGUGGCUCACUCAAGUUGUCGAUGAAGCCGGCACGAGGCGAGAACCUUGUGGCUUUCCAAGAUCUUCAGGACGGCACGCUCCUCCAUGCCACGAUCACUCAGAUCCUUCCGUCUGGUGCCCUCGCAACCGUGCAGCUCCCACAAGGGGGCACUCCCUGCCCAGGGUACAUCGCGAAAGCCAACAUGGGCCGCUUUGUCGUACGAGUCGAGGAUGUACUUUCGCUGGGGCAAGAGGUGUGCGUCAAGGUGGUCUCUACAAAAAAUGAUCGACUGUCUCUCGCGCUCAACGACUCCCUGGACCUCAGCUACUUUGCAGGCUUGGGCAACGACACCUGGAUUGAUGCGAAAGUCGAGCAUGUGGCGCCAUUUGGUGUCUUCCUCGAAGUGCCUUGUCCAUCCAAAGCGGAAGCAGUCACUGGCCUAUUGCCUGUGUCUGAGAUGGCAGACUUCUUCGUUGCAGACCCGAACGAUCUUGUCAGCGUGGGGGAUGAACUGCUGGUCCGUGUGAUCGGCACGGAGGAAGGAAAGCUCGUUGUGUCUGCCAAGCCCAUCGAAAUCGAAGCAGACCUGACACCUUUCCGCGCAGUCGCCGGAAGAGACCAGUUCCUUUCAGGAUCUGUGCAAGCUGUCUCGUCAUACGGAGCGUAUGUGAUGGUGCAGCCGCCAAGCGGUGGGAUUGCAUGCCGGGGAUUUGUCAUGACAUCG